UUGGCUCCACCAUCCAUAGUAAUGGUCAAGGUUACUACUACUCCAAAGAAGCUAAUGGCUUCGUUUCUUCAGAGGUUUUUAGAUCCGAGGAAAAAUUUCUUGGCUCGCAUGCAUAUGAAGUCUGUUUCUAAUCGCCUUCGCAGAUACGGUCUUAGAUACGAUGAUUUGUAUGAUCCAUUGUAUGACUUGGAUAUCAAGGAAGCGCUUAAUCGAUUGCCGAGAGAGAUCGUUGAUGCUCGUAACCAGCGUUUAAAGCGUGCUAUGGAUCUUUCUAUGAAACACGAGUACCUCCCAGCUGAUCUUCAGGCAAUGCAGACACCAUUCAGGAGCUACCUCCAAGAUAUGUUGGCUCUUGUGAGACGGGAGAGAGUUGAGAGAGAGGCUUUGGGAGCUUUACCUCUCUACCAAAGAACCAUUCCUUAAGUCUCUCUUGUACUACAAGUAAAAGCCCACUUGACCAAACAGAACUUAAUAUCCUCUCUGUUUUUAGUACUCUUUAACUAGGCUGCAAUCUACCUCACAAUUUGCUAUUAUAUGGGCUUAUGUACAAAUGGUUCAUGUUAUACAUUUGAACUUAAGCAGAGAUUGUAUGAUACUGAGA